AUGUAUAAACGACCAAUGCUUCAUGAGGUGCGAAACAAGCAGGAGUUAGGCAGUGAUCAUAUGGCUGUCAAAUUUAAUGACAACAAAGUUGAAAAUAUUGUAACACAUGAUACUUCUGAAGAACCUCAUUGUAAACGAUGUGAUGAACCGUUUACUGAAGAUGAAAAUAUCGUUUGUGUUAAAAAUGACAUCUAUCACCCGACAUGUUUUGUAUGUACUCAAUGUUUACAACCAUUAUCUAAUAAAGAAUUUUAUGAGUUCGAAGGUCGAAGAUAUUGCAAAUAUGAUUUUCAAGUACUUUUUGCACCAUUUUGUUUUAAAUGUGGUGAAUUUAUCAUGUCAAAAGUGGUAAAAGCAAUGAAUCGAAGCUGGCAUCCUGAAUGUUUAGUCUGUGAUGAAUGUGGUAUUCAAAUAGUAAGCAAAGGAUUUCAAAGACAUAAAACAAGAAUCCUGUGUAAAGAUUGUUGGUCUGUUGUAUGUCAAGAAUUAGUUGGAUAUCACAUAUGUCAAACAUGUAAUGAACCAAUUGAAUUAAAUAAACACAUCAAAUUUAUGGGUGAUUUUCAUCAUCCACAUCAUUUUCAUUGUUAUGAUUGUGAUCAAGAACUUGGUAUGGAUGCACAUGAACGUGGUGGUGAAUUAUAUUGUCUUAAAUGUUUCAGUCGUUCUGGUGUAUCAAUAUGCUCAGCAUGCAGACGUCCGAUUGAGGGUCGUAUAGUUUGGGCACUUGGUAAAGUCUGGCAUGUUGAACAUUUUGUAUGUCAUCACUGUGAAAUACCAUUUAUGGGUAGUAGGUUUUAUGAGUGGCAAGGACACGCCUACUGCCUAAUACAUUAUCAAUCUAGAAUUGGAAGUGUGUGUCAUAUAUGUGCGAAACCGGUUACUGGUAUAUUGGUUAAAUUUACUAAUAAAAUUUAUUGCCCUGAACACUUUCUUUGUUCACUAUGUGACAGAAAAUUAGAUGAAAAAUCCAAACUUUAUGAAAUCGAUUUGAAACCAGUAUGUAAAGAUUGUUAUGAUAAAUUACCAAUACAGUGGAAAAAGAUUCUGGCAAAAAUUCAUCGUGCAGACAGAAAAAAAUGGAGUAAUUAA